CGCUUCCUUCCUCCUCGGCAACUUUAUAGGCGACGGUGCGAUCGCGGGGCGGGGCGACGGUCGCGGGUCCAGGUGGUCGAGCGUGCGUAAAAACGCAUCAAACACACGCAGAGGGCUCGCGGAAUGCAGGAAAAACGACCAAAGGAGGAGAACGCGGUGCGGUUGUGCGUCGUUGCGGUCUCUCUGCGAAACAGCUCAAGGGGGCAACUUCGGACUUUUGGCCAAAGGAGGUGACCCAUAAAACCUGAUCAAGGCGGCUUGUCUCGGCGACAAGAGGAGAUAUGUUCAAAAAAAGCAAGAGUAAAGUGCUGGUGGAUUACGCGUCAGAGGAAGAGGACAUGUCCUGGCGCUAUCAUCACUCCUACAAGGACAAAGAGCGAGACGGAGAGGAAGAGGAGGAGGAAGCCGUCACUGCAGCAUCCAAGGAGGCGAAGGGGAAGAAGAUCAUGUCCAAGAAAGAGAGGCGGGAGAAGAAGAUGUUCUCCUCUAAAGACGACGAGCACUUCUUGUUGACCGGAGUAAAGCUGACCGACCGCAGAGGGUCUCUCAAGAAAAACAAGGAUGAUGAGAAGGAGAAGGAAAAAAAGGACAAACAAGAGAAGGGCCACUGUUUUUGGGAGAGCGUUACCAUGACAAUGAGGCAGAUCUCGCCCACCAAGAAGCUGGAGAAAAUCGAGGGCUGGGAGCCUCCACAUCCGGGGAACUCAACCGAGACCGGGACCGACGAAGCCGAGGAGGAGAAGAGCCGCAAAGGGGACUCGCCAGUGUCCUUCCCCGACUCUGUACCGGCCGCCUGGGCGGGCCAAGGUCUGGAGGAGGACUCCUCCCGCUACGCUAACCUGUCGGACUCCAAGGAUUCAACAGCUGCCGUCCGGUGGACGGCGCGCGCCAAAGUCAAGUUGGCUGGAAUCAGCAGAAUGAGCAGAGGGAUCGUGUCAGAAAGCUCUUGGGAGGGGUUUAAAUAAGAGGCCUUUCACCCUUUAAAUCCUCCCACCCCUCUGGCAAUAAAGACAAUGGAGUCCCGAACCAAAAAUCUGCUCGUCUCUGUAGUCCAACAACUGGUAUUGAGAUGCUGACAGAGCCCAGGUCAACAUUCUAGAAUUAUCAAUGAGCUGUGGAAUCACUGACAUGAACUGUAAAUUAAUACAAAUAAAAGCCUAUUUUAGCAUUUUAACUUUGAUAUUUACCGGCCUGGCGUUUAUAUAUUCUGUAUUGCCAAGAAAUGAGAAGAGUGAUUUUUCAUUUAAUUUUCUGUGAAGAACAUGCAAACAUCCUGAAGACCUCUUGGUUUUCACUUCUGCUCUGCGUGUCUCUCGUCUGUGGAAUCACGCAACAGCUUAUGAUAUAAUUUGGAUCUUGAAUAUGUUGCAUUAAAGUGUGUAAAAGAGAGGUUGAUGAAGUGGAAGUAAGUGAUGGACAUUUGUUUUAAUGAAUACCAAAAAUCAAAUAUUUGAAGUCCUGCUGUGUUUGGAGCAUGCGAGCGAAUCCAAUCAAAGAACCUUUGCGUAGUUUGUCCUUGUUUGAAUCUGAUGCUGGAUGAUUUCUUUAGAACAUUUGUAAUGCUGAUAAAAUAAAAGCCUGACUUUAUAUACUUGUUUCCAGUAAGAAGCAGAGGCCUCAUCCAGUUGUGCCUUGUAUUAAUACAAUGACAUUGUGUGUGUGUGUGUGUGUGCUGUACAUUUGAACGAGACCAUCCUCUGCGCACAGAACAGAUGAGCUCAUCACAAUGUCCAUGCACGUGCAGAUGUGUCGACCCAGAAUGCACUUGUGUCAUCGAGACCAUCCCUCGAUGGGGUACAACUCUGACAUGUUUGUAUAUUGAGACAAUGAAGAGUCCUUUCAUUUAUACAGAGAUCCUUCAAGUUGAAUAAGAAAAGUCAUGCCACUGGUGUUCUUCUCUUAUGUUUCUUGGUUUUGAUCUGUAAAACUGAACUCUUUUUUUUUUUGCAGCCAGAUGUCUCCUGUAUUUAUUUGUUUAACAUCUGGGUCGGAUUCUCUCCAGCAGAAUAAAGCUCUCGAUCGAC